AGUCUCUGAGCUCAGUUUGCUCGUCUGUGAUAUGGGGAUUCUGAUAGGGUUGUGGUCAGCACUGGCUAAGCUAAUGGCAAUGGGAUGAGGCACGUGUGCUGUAAAAUCACAGGAGUCACUGAUCAUUAUUAGCACUAGAAAGAAUCGCGGAAAUUGACUGCUCUUAUCCCCUCACUUCAUAGGUGAGGAAACUGAGGCUCCGAGAGGUUAAGCGACUGGCGCAGAGCAGUCCUUCACAAGUGGCAGCGGCAGGACUGGAGCCUAGGGCCCUCGCUCAGCCUCGUGCGCUCUCCGUGUCGUUCUCCUGUGCAGUGAAUGAAACGGGAAUCCAGGCAGGAACGAAUCGCUUCAUGUUCGUGGCCUGGUUUUGCUUGGGGCAGAAGUUGUUUUUAUCCCAUCUUUCACUUGACAAAGCCAUUUCCCACCUUCUCAAAGGACUUGAGAAGAACUGGACAAAAGACCAGGCGGGCGGCCACCACGUCUGAGAGAGCAGCCCUGCUCCGUUCUCUGUCUCCCUUUCAGCUGUGAGGAGAACUGCAGGCCAGUGAAUGCCAGCAGGGACGUUAUGCUCAAGGUCACCGUGGGGGACAAGUCUGCAGCAGCCGUGUUCAGCCGGUAUUUAGUUGACACCCCGCUGGAGAAGGCCGAGCCCCUCCCGGCGGCCUGCAGACUCCCAGGAUUCUGGCCUCGUUCUUCAAUCCUCCUUCAGAGCGACACCCCCACCCUGCUGCUGAACAGUUCCUUCCUGAGGACCCGUAGCCAGGCCACCGGAAUCAGAGUCAGAGCGGUGACCAGGCGUGCCUACGGGGAGGGCACCUACCUGAUCAGCUCCCUGCCUCUCCCGGAGGUGCCCACCCGCACCACUGCCCCGAUGGAGGGCACUGUUCUGACGAGCUUCGCCAUCUUCUGCAACGCUUCCGCCACCCUGGGGCCCCUGGAAUACUGCUUCUGCCUGGAGUCAGGUUCCUGUCUACACUGUGGCCCUGAACCUGCCCUCCCAUCAGUUUACCUGCUACUUGGAACAGAAAACAAUGACUUCAUGCUGACCGUGGUCAUUUCUGUCUGCAAUCACGUGGGUGACAGACAGCAGACCCAGGCAGCAGUUAAGGUGGGACGUGGAGGCACCCGUGUGGAGGAUGAGGCAUUUCAGGCCGCAGUGUGGGACAAUGUCACCGCCACUCUGCAGGGCGGGCACGGCCCUGAGCAGCUCUUCCAGCUGGCCAAGUCUGUGUCAUCCGUGCUGGACCAGCAGUGCCAGGGGCCGGGCUCCGGGCAGCUGCUGAGGGUGGACGCCAGAUAGAAGGUGUCAGAGAGCGUAUCUUCUGUGCCUGCGGGGUCACUGCCUGCGGUCAGCGCCACCUUGGGGGACGUGCGGAAGGCGCAGCAGCUGGCCGAGGCACUGAGAGAGGUGGCCCACCACGGUGAGGAGCUCACGCCCUUGGCCCAGCGGGAGGCCAGCAGGGCUCUGCAGCAUGCCAGUGAGGCCCUGUUGGCAGUGAGUGCCGAGGCCCAUCCUGAGGACCAGAGGCACCAGGCAGCCACCAGGGACCUGUUCCAGGCUGUGGGCAGCGUGCUGUAAGCUUCCCUGAGGGACAGACCAGAAGAGCCUGCAGGGUCCAAUGGCAGCCAGGUAGCCACAGUGCCCCAGCUGCUGGGAGCUGUGGGGCACAUGCAGGCCGCCGUCCUGCCGGGGGGACUGCCCGGGGGCCUUCCAGCCCCGCUGGCGGCCCCCUCAACCUCCGUGUACACGGACAGAAUACAGCCCCGGAGUUAGCGAGGCUCCCCUGUGCAUGUUGCUGCUGCCAGCUCUGCAACCUUCACCCUGCCCGCUGCGCCCUCCCUUGGCUCCAUGGAGGACGGUAGGGUGCCUGUGGACAUUAAGGUGAUGAGUUUCCCAAAGAACCCAUUCCCAGCCCGAAGUCACUUCGAUGUCGGCAGAACUGUUGGUGGCCUCUCUCUGACCAGCCCUAGUGGACAGCUCAUCCCUGUGAAGAAUCUGUCGGAGAAUAUCGAGAUCCUGCUGCCUCAGCUCUCAGAAGGACACGGCGAGCCGACCGUGUUGGACCUGACCAGACCUGGAGCUCUGUGGGUGAACCUGACUUCAGGGGGUGGGGCUUUGGGGAUCCAGCUGCACUGGAGACCUGACAUCCCACUCGUGCUCAGCCUGGGCUACGGCAGCCACCCCAAAGAGACCGGCUACGACGCCCAAGCUCACCUCCUGCCGACGGCUGCUCCAGAUGGGCUGUCCACAGGGAUCCUGAGCCCAGAGGACCUGCAUUUUGGAGAAGGCAUCUACUAUCUGACUGCGAUCCCCGAGUCUGACCUGGAGCCGGCCCCCGGCAGGGACUUCACAAUUGGCAUCACCACCUUCCUGUCCCAUUGUGUGUUCUGGGAUGAGGUCCAGGGGACUUGGGACAACUCCGGGUGCCAGGUCGGGCCACGGAGCACCCCCUCCCAGAUACACCGCCUCUGCAACCACCUCACCUUCUUUGGAAGCACAUUCCUGGUCACGCCCAAUGCCGUGGACGUCCGCCAGACCGCUGAGCUCUUUGCCACCUUCGAGGACAGCCCUGUGGUAGUGACCACCAUGGGCUGCCUCUGUAUGGCCUACGUGCUGGUGAUCUGGGCAAGGAGGAAGGAUGCUCAGGAUCAGGCCAAGGUGAAGGUCACAGUGCUGGAGGACAAUGACCCCUUUGCCCAGUACCACUACCUGGUGACAGUUUAUACCGGACACUGGAGGGGGCCAGCCACUUCCUCAAAGGUGACUGUCACCCUAUAUGGCCAGGAUGGAGAGAGUGAGCCCCAGCACCUGUCAGACCCCGACAUCCGGUUUGAGUGAGGAGGAGUGGAUGUCUUCUUACUCUCCACGCUGUCUCCCCUGGGAGAGCUGAGGGGCCUGCGGCUAUGGCAUGACACCUCAGGGGACCAGCCAGCCUGGUACAUAAGCCGGGUGCUGGUGCAUGACCUGGCAAUGGACCGGAAGUGGUACUUCCUCUGCAACUCGUGGCUGUCCAUCAAUGUCGGACACUGUGUCCUUGACAAGGUAUUUCCAGUGGCCACAGAGCAGGACAGGAAACAAUUCAGCCACCUGUUUUUCAUGAAGACCUCCACAGGCUCCCAGGAUGGCCACGUCUGGUACUCCAUCUUCAGCAGCUCGGCUUGGAGCACCUUCACCCAUGCCCAUCAGGUGUCCUGCUGCCCCUCACUGCUCCUCUGCACCAUACUGACCGCCAUCCUGUUCUGCGGUGUCCCCAAGGACCCAGCUGAGCAAAACAUGGACUUGGGUAAAAUUGAAUUCACUCGGCAGGAAGUGAUGAUUGGGCUGGAGAGCUCGCUCCUCAUGUUUCCCAUCAACCUCCUGAUCGUUCAGAUUUUUUGGAACACCCGUCCUUGGGAAACCAAGGAGCAGAACGCUGGGAAAUGGGAUGGGGAGCCCCUCAGCCUGGCCCCCUCACCACAGCCUGUGGAGGAUGGUCUUCUGACACCUGAAGCAGUGACCAAGGAUUUGUGGAGACUCGUCAGCUCCUUGUUCAAAGCUCUGAAGGUGUCACCCCCUUGCUCGGGCUGGGACUUCGUGAACUCAAUGGACAUCAACCAACUGCUGGCCUUGGUGGAAGACGUCGUCUGUCAGCAGAACAAAGCAGGGCAGGUGUUCUGGACGGAAGCCAGCCAGACAGGGGGCCCUUUAACACUCACUCUUGGGUCUGUACAAGUGAAAGAAAAAAUGCAGUACCCCAGGCCCGAGGUGGGCCCAAGAGACGCUGGGAAGGACAGUGCCUACAGGCAGUGUCUCUACCUUCAGCUGGAGCAUCUAGAGCAAGAGCUGCUGUUGCUGGAGCCCCAGGGCUUUUCCCAGGGCCAGAGCCACACCCAGGCACUGGGGCAGCUGCAGACCCUGAAGGGCUGCCUGGGGGGACAGCCUGGAACCCCGCCCCCAGCACACUCCAGCUCCCUGCAGGCGAGCAAGCCCCCUCGAGGCCUCCCCUGGUGGUGUGUCCUGGUGGGCUGGCUCCUAGUGGCAGCCACCAGCGGAGUGGCAGCCUUCUUCACCAUGCUCUUGGGCCUGCACUACGGGCGGGCCAGCCCCCUCAAGUGGCUCAUCUCCAUGGCCGUCUCCUUCGUGGAGAGUGUGUUUGUCACCCGGCCCCUGAAGGUGCUGGGGUUCGUUGCUUUCUUCGCGCUGGUGUUGAAGAGGGUGGAGGACGAGGAGGAGCCUGUGGCCCCCCUCCUGGGACGUCUCUCUGGCCCAGACCCCUCUGCCUUGUUCCGAGCACGAAGAAACAGCAGAAGGGACAUCUACCAGAAGCCUCUGGCCUCUGACGUUGAGAAGAUGAAAACCACCCACCUCAAGGAACAGAAAGCAUUUGCCUGUAUCAGAGAAAUCUUGGAGCACCUGGGCUUCCUGUGGAUGCCGCUGCUGGUGGCCUACGGGCAGGGGGACCCCAGCGCCUACCACGUCAACAGACACCUUGGGCACAGCUUCACCCGAGGCUUUUCAGCCGUGCUGAGCUUUCAGGACUUCUUCACGUGGGCCAACACCACCCUCGUAAGCAACCUGGACAGUCAACACCCAGGCUUUAUCACUGAUGGGAACUCCAAGCUGGUGGGCAGUGCCCAGAUUCUCCAAGUGAGGGUCCAGGAAAGCUCUUGCGCUCUUGCCCUGUAGCUGCAGGCUUCUCUUGAUGGAUGCCAUGCGCCAUAUUCCCUGGAUGUUGAAGACCUGUCAGACUGUGGGGAAGGCUGGAAUGCCUCCGUCCUCAAUAACAGCAAUGACUUUUGCCAGGCUUGGCAGUACCAGAGCCAGAGCCAGAGCCAGCGCCGAGGGUAUCCCAUAUGGGGCAAACUCACUGUGUACCAGGGAGGAGGUUAUGUGGUCCCCUUGGGGACUGAUCGCCAAAGUGCAUCAAGGUAAGGCUCACUGGAUUCACAUGCAGCAGAGGAAAGACAUUUGCUCAAGUCCAGGUCUGAUUGGAGGGUGCAGCUUUCAAAACAGGGCCGAGCCAAGCUCAUUGUAUCAUUGUGGGGAGGGGCUGGGGGAUUCAGAGGCAUUCAGGUCAUAUUUUUCAGGCCCCUGGAAACUGUGCAAUCUCAGAGUUCGAAGGGAAAUCCUGCUUCCAGCAUUCUCAGCCUGGUGCACCAAGCCUGGUGGCCUCUGCUAGAGCCAAUACACGGAUGGGGAACUUAGUACGACACAAAGCGUCCACCACCAGGCAAGUAGGAAGUGGUGAAGGCUCUUAACCUUAACCAAGAAUUAUGCAGGGUCUGAGGUCUUACCCUACUCACGAGCUAACACACUAACCUGUUUCAUGGAUGCUGGCAGAAGACACAAGACUCCUAGGUCAGAGACAAAGGAUUUCAUUACUCACAGCAAAAGCAGUAGCAGAGCUUCAUGGUGGUUGAAGUCAGGUCCCCAGGAAGGGCCAGGACAAAUGCUUUUGCCCAUGCAGUGAGUUACAGUACCAAGGAGGAACACUGAGCUUAGAGCUUUCACUGUUUCUACAGUGGCAGAAGCAAGCCUGCUCUUUGUCUGAAGGAGGAUGUCACCUCAUCCCUUGACGUUGCUCACUGCAAACUCAGCCCUGAGACGACGCCUGGGUAAAGCCCAGCCACAGCCUUGCAUUCCUGGAAUACUCAGCAUGAAUGUGCAGGGACACUCAGGGCCCACACACACUACGUCUCCCAGCACACUCUAGAGUCAGAGAGCCCUAGGUUUGAAACCCUGGCGCUGCCCCUGUUAGCUGUGUAGUCCCAGGUGAGUUAGUGAACCCAUGUGAACCUCCAUCUCCUCCAUGGCACUAUUACAGCACCAAGGAACACAGGUAACAAGUCCCAAAGGAAGACACCUGGCAGGGGUCCCCUGGGAUGAAGGACAGGCCAGGAAUAGCUUA